CUUAAUCAUUCUUUAUACAUGUGGUCUUACAUCGUGUGAAAUAUUGCAAUAUUUUUUUUAAUAAAACUGAAAAUAUGUGUGGUAGAAUCUGUGGUAUAACAACCACAGUAAUAGGUGUGGUGUUAGUGGUUGUUAGUACAGUUCUUACCUUUGUUUUCGUACCCGGUGUUAUUGAAGAUUUGAUCAUAAAUGAGGUAGUCCUUUUAGAUGACACAGAGCAAAUGGAGAGAUUUCAGGAAAUACCAUUUCCUCUAAAUUUCACAAUCAGAUUCUUUAACAUAUCGAAUAGAGAAGAAGUUCUCGCAGGUGGAGUACCCGACCUGGUAGAAGUCGGACCUUACAUAUACAAAUCAUAUCAAUCAAGAGAUGUGGAGAGUAUGGAGGUUGACACGAUCAGCUAUCGAACUAUGGAGCGGCUCGAAUUCGAUGCUGAGAGUUCCUACCCCUACACAGAGGAUGAUAUAAUGACGAUCGUCAAUCCACCAUAUCAUCUUAUUCUACAAGUUGCAGAGAAGUCAUUUCCGAACUUAAUGAGUAUAAUAAACUCUGCAAUAACCGGUGUAUUUGGUAGAUAUGGUAAUCCUAUCGUCGAUAUAAGAGUUCGUGAUUUAUUAUUUGAUGGUAUUAGAUUCUGUGAAAACCCCGGUCUCAUCGCCAGCAUCGUUUGUACUCAGAUUAGAAGUAUUGGCGCUACUUCUAAUAACUUGGCUGUACAAGAGGAUGGUUCCAUCAUAUUCGCUCUUCUUACAUCGCGUAUACAACCCAGCAGCGUAUACAAGGUGCACCGAGGUAUUAACAAUCCAGAGGACUUGGGACGCAUUAUAUCCCUAAAUGGAUCGUCGCAGUUCUACUAUUGGGUGGACGAAGAGGAAGGAAAACCGAGCGUUUGUAACAUGAUCAAUGGAACCGACGCUAGUAUAUACAAUCCAUUUGUCGAUAACUCGAAAUCACUGUUCGGCAUCAACACUGACAUAUGCAGGUCCGUAGAAUUGCGUUAUCAGCACGAUAUUGACUAUGAGGGAAUACCUGGAUACAGAUUCUCUGCCAACGAAUGGUUCUUGGACAAUGAUGAUGGAUGUUUCUGUGUCAAUUUAACUAGUGGAAUAACAAGAGAGGAUGGCUGCUUACUGAGAGGUGCUGCGGAACUUUACAGCUGCGUAGGUGGGCCCAUGGUUCUGACGUAUCCGCAUUUCUUAUACGCUGACCCAAUUUAUGCUAAUGGUGUUAAAGGCAUUAAUGCAUCAAUUGAAGAUCACAGGAUAUUGCUUGAUUUAGAACCUAACACAGGAACAGUUUUGAGAGGCGCAAAAAGAGCUCAAUUUAAUAUAUUUCUAAGGCCAAUUACUUCAAUUACCGCAACAGAAAAUUUUAACAACACAUUAACACCUAUUGUUUGGCUAGAAGAGAGUGUCCUAUUACCAGAAGAAUUCGUGGAUCAGCUGAAGAAUCGAAUGCUUAUGCCUCUAAACUUAGUUAGCAUCCUGCUACCCAUUGUAAUUGCUUUGUGCUGCGUGGUAGUUGUAGUUGGAGUGGUGAUCUUCGUUAGAGCGAAAUUGCGAAACAAAUCACCUUCCAUUACUACAAGAUAAUUACAGUAUGUGUUACUGCAAAAGCCCGAACUCUGGUGAAUCCUAAGAUUAACCAACUACCUAUUCUAACAUUUUGUUUACCACAUCAUUUAGUAAAUAAGACCUACUUCAAAUACGCAAAAAAUGUCAAUAAACAGCCGACAAUAACAAUAUUUCAUUAUGUAGAAUUUUAAACUUAAUAAUUAAUAAAUAAAUU